AUGGUGGAUGAGUCGCCAACGCCCAUACUGCCAGUAAAGUCUUUUACGCAACUGCAAGCGCCACUGCUGUCUGCUCGUCAGCUGUCUGAUCGCCAGGUUGAAGUGGAAAAUCUGCCGCACUCGAAGAGACCUGUUGACGAUCUGUUCGACUUCACGCAGGAAUUUAUUGAGCGGGGCUACCAUGCAGAGUACGCCAACUGGAGAGACUCAUACCUGAAAUGGCGACAGGGCGAUGCCAAGGGAGCCAAGGGCGAAAACGCCCAUACCACGCACCUGCGAAACAGGAAGCAGCGCACCUUCGAAUACUGGUACCCGACCGUCUCCAAUUUCAACUUCAGACGCACCUGUGCCUAUUGGAUUGGUGUGCUUUUCGUGGAAGGAUGUCUGUUCUUCCUUUGGCCACCUCUCUUUGAUGCCUUCUGGCCCGGGGCGCCCGCGCGGAUGAAGUUCUGGAUAAGUAAGAUUCCACUACUGGUGGGAACUUCGACCUUCGGAUCCGGCAUCUACAUGGGCUACUUGGAGCUCAUUAACAUGGACGUCGAUGUCUCGGAGCGACGGGCCAAUCUUAUAUGGUGCGAAUGGCGGGCGCUCUACAACGUCCUGCUGGAGGCCAAGGAGGACAAUGGUGAAGGUGGAGGCGAGAUCGGUGACGAUGGCGAAAGCUCCGUCGCUGGCAGCGAGGUCUUCUGGUACCAGCCGCUUUCCUCCAUCCUCGGAUGGGUCAUCUACAUGAGUGGCGCCGUCCUGUUCCAGAUGGCAAACACUGCAGACCUCUUUGACAUGCCGCAGGAGAUGCAUGAAACCAUCGUGGAGUGGCCGCUGAUCUUCGGAGGCCUGUGCUUCUUCUUCGGCGGCAUUGCAGAGGUAGUUCACAACCGCUGCUGGGCAACUCCACCAGACACUUUUGUGUGGUGGUCUUCUGUGUUGAACUUCUUUGGUGGCAUCGCUUUCUGGCUGUGUGCCUGCCCGGAGACCCUGGGCGACCUCACCACUCCGAUUGGGGUAGGAGGUACAGUGCUGUACCUGAUUGGUGCCGUUCUGGGAUUAUGUAUGUGGCGCGGGGAGCAAUUCGGCUUGAGCCUGAUCUCAAACUUGAACAGAGUGCAGCGUGUGGACGGAACGAAGAUCGCAGUCCGGACACAUGCCGAAACAGGUGUCAGUGAGAUCAUGCCAAUCAACCCGCAGGCUUUUCAACUGGAUGACACCAAAAAUGCUUUGCAGCCCAAGUUGUCCUGGCGCGGACUGAUCUUCGUGCUACUGUGUGUGCUGUGGGGCACAGCAUCGAUCCUGCACGUUUUUGCAGUUCCAGCUGCACCAUGGGAGUUUGAGUCCACAUCAAGGACCUAUCGAAGGCACUUGCUUUCGCAGGAAAUGACGAGCAUCGUCCAUGCCAUUGGCGCUCAUCUUAUCAUACUCCUGAACUCUGCAACCGUCAAUGUGCCGGCGGAGGAGCCGUUUCGCUUCAUGACGCUUGCUUUGCGGCUUCUUGUGGCUGUGAUGACCGCACAGUCAGUCUUAUCGAACUGGACGUUCCUGAUUGAUGAGCACGACUGA